CUAGAGGGCAUGAGACAAAGACUCCACUCAGAUACAAGUAGACUCCAAAAAAGGACGGUAAUCCGUAAGCAAGCGGAUUCCCGAUGAAAGAGCCUGAUUAGCCACUACAUGGGCAGCUCUGUUAAAGCUCCGAGGAGCAAAAUGACACGACACUGGUUUGAUGUGGAUGAUAUUUUUUUUGUUUUCCAAAUGGAUGAUCUCUUCUAAGUUAGAAUUUACAACCACAACCAAAGUUGUAGAGAAAGACAGUGGAUCCGAAAGAUGUGGCUUCAGUCUGUAAUACUAGGAGGAGCGGGCAGGAGCUCAGUUGUUUCCUCUCUCACCAAAAGGGCUGCAACUCCAGCUGUAAUAAGCCCUCCUUUUCCUUUAGUUUGACUUGGGAGUUGGUUGGGUUUUGUGAAAAAUAAGUAGCAGUAGGAGGAUGCUACAGCCUGAUAGAUGUCCGAUGAGCAAUCGCAUCAACAGUGGGAUAAACAAGAUCUUUGUGCUGGCACAAUUCAAUUCAAUAUAACUAAAUAGACACUUAGCUCGCAUUUACUUUGGAAAUGGUAUCAACCUUGGGCAUGGAUUUGUGGAGGUUCAAGCAGAAACUCAAACCGUUGGGAAAGUAGAAUUGAAUUGGUUCCAAGGAACUGUUGAUGCUAUCAGGGAAUUCAUAAGGGUGUUUCAGGUGAUUAUUGCUGCAAAAAGAAAAAAAAAAAGACUAUCAAUCCUUCUUUGUCUUAGGAUACACCUGACCCUGAAAAUUUAUCCACCUUUUUAGUAUGAUGCAAAGAACAGGAAUGUCGAUAAUCUCUAUCGAAUGGAUUAAAUCGACUUUGUGCAGGUAAUUCGCCAUUGCAUUUGUUCAUGAAACAUAAAUUCAUUUGUUCAUUUUUGGCCUGUUUUCUUAAAAGUUUGUUACGUACUCAUCAACAUGUUGAUAGCAAUGCGGAAAUCACCAUUUCAUGUGAAGCAGUUGGUGAAAGGUUGGAUCUUUCGCACAGUUUCUCUUCAGUUGACUUUCGAUACAUUGUUUAGGCUCAAAUAUGACAUUGGGCGCUACUUUGGUAGCCGUGCUUCGAAUUAUGGGUUGGCGAAAUUAGACAGCAGGGGUAGAGCAAUUCAGUUUGCUAAGAAGCCAAAGGGCGCUGACCUCAAAGUAAUGGCAAAAAUCGAGCUUACAGCCUCAUCAUACGUCGCCUUCACAUCUGACAACGAAUUGUAGAAGACGACAUAAGGGGGAGCAGAAGUGGUGCGUGGUAAUCCCAGAGGGAGAGGACACGUGAGCCAUUGAUGAGAUCAUGCAAUACAAGUAGAAUAGCAUGAAGCAUGAAGGUGAAGAUUGCGGAUGGAAGGGCAAACAAAAUAAAGAAUAGGUGAAGGAAUCUAAGGUUGAACUUGGACACGUAAAACUGGAAGUUUAUGUUGUUGCAAUUUUGGGAGGCAAAAAAAUGAAGACACGCUGAAAUAAGAAAUGCAGAUGCAUAAC